CACGUGCCCAACUUUUGACCAGGCAAGGAGCACUGGCUAGCAGCACACAGGGAGCAGCAUCCCCCCCGCACAGGGCUCUUGCCGUCUCGCUCACUCCUGUGAAACGCCGAGUGCCCCGGAACCCUUGGAAGGGGGGUCUUCGCUUACUUGCGUCCCAGCGCGUGUAUCCGCAAUUAGCAGGUGUAAUACAUUUAUUUACAGGUAAAUUAAGGGGGUACUAGAAACCCAAACGGAGGCGCCAAAAUGACAGCGGUAGAAACCCAAGUGCAAUACACCACCACUACUUACAUGAUGACAACGGAGGAUUACAUGCACCAGGAAGAUGACUGGGACCGGGACCUUCUGUUGGACCCUGCCUGGGAGAAGCAACAGAGGAAGACCUUCACAGCCUGGUGUAACUCCCACCUGCGGAAAGCUGGCACGCAGAUCGAGAACAUCGAGGAGGACUUCAGGAAUGGCCUCAAACUCAUGCUGCUGCUGGAGGUGAUUUCAGGCGAGAGGUUGCCCAAACCAGACAAGGGUAAGAUGCGCUUCCACAAGAUUGCCAACGUGAACAAGGCCCUGGACUUCAUCUGCAGCAAGGGAGUGAAGCUGGUGUCAAUCGGUGCAGAGGAGAUUGUGGACGGGAAUGUGAAAAUGACUCUGGGAAUGAUCUGGACCAUCAUCCUGCGUUUCGCCAUCCAGGACAUAUCCGUGGAGGAAACUUCUGCCAAGGAGGGCUUGUUGCUGUGGUGUCAGAGGAAGACUGCCCCCUACAGGAAUGUUAAUGUUCAGAACUUCCACAUCAGUUGGAAGGAUGGCCUGGCUCUGUGUGCCCUCAUUCACAGACACAGACCUGACCUCAUUGACUACUCCAAACUGCGAAAGGACGACCCCAUCGGCAACCUCAACACUGCGUUCGAGGUGGCCGAGAAGUACCUGGACAUCCCCAAGAUGUUGGACGCUGAGGAUAUCGUUAACACCCCGAAGCCCGACGAGAAAGCCAUCAUGACCUACGUGUCCUGCUUCUACCACGCCUUCGCUGGGGCGGAGCAGGCUGAGACCGCUGCUAACAGGAUUUGCAAAGUCCUGGCCGUGAACCAGGAGAACGAGAGACUGAUGGAGGAGUACGAGAAGCUGGCCAGCGAGCUUCUGGAGUGGAUCCGGCGCACCAUCCCCUGGCUGGAGAACCGCGUGGCCGAGCAGACCAUGCGCGCCAUGCAGCAGAAGCUGGAGGACUUCCGCGACUACCGCCGGAUCCACAAGCCGCCCCGCGUGCAGGAGAAGUGCCAGCUGGAGAUCAACUUCAACACCCUGCAGACCAAGCUGAGGCUGAGCAACAGGCCCGCCUUCAUGCCCUCCGAGGGCAAGAUGGUGUCGGACAUCGCCAACGCCUGGAAAGGUCUGGAGCAGGUGGAGAAGGGCUACGAGGAGUGGCUCCUGACUGAGAUCCGUCGCCUGGAGAGGCUGGAUCACCUGGCCGAGAAGUUCAAGCAGAAGUGCAAGCUGCACGAGGCCUGGACCGCUGGGAAGGAGGAUCUGCUGUCGCAGAAGGACUACGAGUCGGCCUCCCUGAUGGAGAUCCGCGCCCUGAUGAGGAAGCACGAGGCCUUCGAGAGCGACCUGGCCGCUCACCAGGACAGAGUGGAGCAGAUCGCCGCCAUCGCACAGGAGCUCAAUGAGCUGGACUACCAUGAUGCCGCCACUGUGAACACCCGCUGCCAGGGCAUCUGUGACCAGUGGGACAACCUGGGCACCCUGACCCAGAAGAGGAGGGACGCACUGGAGCGUGUGGAGAAACUGUGGGAGACCAUCGACCAGCUGUACCUGGAGUUCGCCAAGAGGGCGGCGCCCUUCAACAACUGGAUGGACGGAGCCAUGGAGGAUCUGCAGGACAUGUUCAUUGUCCACAGCAUUGAGGAAAUCCAGAGCCUGAUCACAGCCCACGACCAGUUCAAGGCCACCCUGCCCGAGGCGGACAAGGAGCGCAUGGCCACCAUGGGCAUCCAGAACGAGAUCACCAAGAUCGCCCAGACCUACGGCAUCAAGCUGUCCGGGAUCAACCCCUACACCAACCUCUCCCCCCAGGACAUCAGCAACAAGUGGGAUGCGGUGAAGCACCUGGUUCCCCUCAGAGACCAGAUGCUGCAGGAGGAGGUGGCCAGGCAGCAGGCCAACGAGAGGCUGAGGCGCCAGUUUGCCGCCCAGGCCAACGUCAUCGGACCCUGGAUCCAGACUAAGAUGGAGGAGAUCGGUCACGUCUCAGUGGACAUCACCGGCUCUCUGGAGGAUCAGAUGAACAACCUGAAGCAGUACGAGCAGAACAUCAUUAACUACAAGUCCAACAUCGACAAGCUUGAGGGAGACCACCAGCUUAUCCAGGAGGCUCUCAUCUUCGACAACAAACACACCAACUACACCAUGGAGCACAUCCGCGUGGGCUGGGAGCAGCUUCUCACCACCAUCGCCCGCACCAUCAAUGAAGUGGAGAACCAGAUCCUGACCAGAGAUGCCAAGGGCAUCAGCCAGGAGCAGCUCAACGAGUUCAGGGCCUCCUUCAACCACUUCGAUAGGAAGAGGAACGGCAUGAUGGACCCAGACGACUUCCGCGCUUGCCUGAUCUCCAUGGGCUACGAUCUGGGCGAGGUGGAGUUCGCCCGCAUCAUGACCCUGGUGGACCCCAACAACACGGGCGUGGUCACGUUCCAGGCCUUCAUCGACUUCAUGACCCGCGAGACCGCGGAGACCGACACCGCUGAGCAAGUCAUGGCCUCCUUCAAGAUCCUGGCCUCAGACAAGGCCUACAUCACAGUGGAGGAGCUGCGCAGGGAGCUGCCCCCAGAGCAGGCAGAGUACUGCAUCAGCCGCAUGACCAAGUACGUGGGAACCGACAUCCCCACCGGCGCCCUGGACUACGUCUCCUUCUCCAGCGCCCUCUACGGAGAGAGCGACUUGUAAAGCCUCCCCUCUCCCCACCCACCCUUUCCCCCCCUCCCCUUCGUGCUCCUGCCCCCACCCGCAAGCCUGCCUCCAACCCCCACAUCCAACGCACUGCCCACAGAUUGCAAGGGUGUGGGGGGAAGGGGGAAGGAGGGGGGGCGGAAUUUGCUCAGAUAUUCUGGCCCCACCCCCCCACAGUCUUACAUCAGAUAUGCUCUCUGGUCACAUGUGUACACAUCCACCAGUUACAGCACAAGCAAAAAAAUGGGUGUGUCACAAGGACCUGCGUUUAUUUAUUUAUUUUGUUCAGCCAUUCUGCUCCAUGUCUGAGAGAUGGAAAGAAACUGAGAUCUGAAUACAACCUGUAGUGAAUUUACUUAAUCCAAAAGUUAGGUUCAGUUAAGUUAGCUGUGUUCUUUCCUGUGGUGGUUCUGAGCAAACUCCCACCCCCCUCCUCCCUCUCCCUCUCCGCCUUUUAAAGUAAUGUGUUUGUGGAGAAAGAAAACAAGACUAAUUGUCCUUUUGAAUAAAGUUGGAUGAUGAUGCUGA